UAGCUCCUUCGGCCUGGAGCACAGCGGUGUGUGUGGAAGGGACCUCCGGAGCAAGCUCAGCAUGGUGGAGUUCGCACCCCUGUCGGUGCCAUGGGAGCGCAGGCUGCAGACUUUCGCAGUCCUGCAGUGGGUCUUCUCCUUCUUGGCCUUGGCUCAGAUCUGCAUCGCCAUCUUCAUAGGCCUCCUGUUCACAAGGUUCUGGCUUUUCUCUGUCCUGUAUGCCACCUGGUUGUUCCUGGACUGGGACAAGCCGCGCCAGGGAGGCCGGACCAUCCAGUUCGUCAGACGCUGGACCAUCUGGAAGUACAUGAGGGAUUACUUCCCCGUCAAACUGAUCAAGACGGCUGAGCUGAACCCUACCCAGAACUACAUCGCAGGCUUCCACCCCCAUGGAGUCCUGGCCGCAGGAGCCUUUCUCAACCUGUGCACUGAAAGCACCGGCUUUUCCUCGCUCUUCCCAGGAAUCCGAUCGAACCUGAUGACGUUGCCUUUGUGGUUCCGGGCCCCCUUCAUCCGGGAUUACAUCAUGUCUGUGGGGCUGGUCACAUCAGAAAAGGAGAGUGCUGGUCACAUUCUGAGCAAGAAGGAUGGCGGGAACUUGCUAGCCAUCAUCAUUGGGGGCUCCCAGGAGGCACUGGAUGCCAGGCCUGGAGCCUACCGCCUGCUGCUGAAGAAUCGGAAGGGCUUCAUCAGGCUCGCCCUGAUAUACGGGGCGGCGCUGGUGCCAAUCUUCUCCUUUGGGGAGAACAACCUGUUUAACCAAGUGGAGAACACCUCUGGCUCCUUGCUGCGCCGUGUCCAGAACCGACUACAGAAGAUCAUGGGCAUCUCCCUCCCUCUCUUCCAUGGCCGUGGUGUCUUCCAGUACAGCUUCGGCUUCAUGCCUUUCCGCCAGCCCAUCAACACCGUAGUGGGGAAGCCCAUCCAGGUGCCGAAGACACUACAGCCCUCAGAGAGGGAGGUGAACCAGCUUCACCAGCGCUACAUCAAUGAACUAUGCAAGCUCUUUGAGGAACACAAGCUCAAGUUCAAUGUUCCCGCUGACCAACAUCUGGAGUUCUGCUAAGAACCUCAAGCUGGAGGACAGCUGCAUCCGAGAAUCUGCAGGAGAGCUGUGAUGGGAGGGGACUUUCACAGUCAGCCCAGAUUCCUAUGAACCCAGCCACAGCUGGCAGGAUGGAAGAGGAUUUGUGCCUACAGCUGAAGUUCUGAAGUCUCCCUGUCCUUGCUUGGCCUUUUGGCCCAUCGGUAGGAUAGUGGGAAGGAAGCAAGCAGAGAAUGAUUGCUGAGGUCUCUACCCAUGGUUGUAAUGUCGCUCAAACAUGACCAAAGGGCAACCAGGGGCAAAAGAGAACAAAAUUCUUCUUUCCCCACCCUCAAGAGACGGUGCAAGAGAAGCCAGCACCCUAGGCCUCCCCUGUAUUUGUCCCUCAUCCUGCUCGCUGGAUGUCCCUUCUUCCCCUCUGAGCUGGAGGAGAUGUAGCCAAUUAUGCCCUGGCAUCCACCCUAUGUUUUUUCCAGACUCUGCAUCCUCCAAGCUGUGACAUCGAUAUCAAAGGAGCCCAGUCUUCCUUAGCCACUUGACUAUGAUCAAGGGUAGGGCUCCUUGCUAUCCUUCUGAGUCUCCGUUUCCCCAGCCUUGAUGACCUGGGAGCCUCUUCCUCAUGCGUUAAAACUAAUUCCAGCCCCUGUCUUGGCACAAAAGGGCAGCUUCAUACACGUUACUUCAAUAAAUGAAACAAUUCUGUUUUAUCUCCCUUCUCUUUCUCCCAACCAAUGGGAUGGACUGGAGUCUCAGCUUGAGCCCCCAGCCUUGUCCCGUGUCCCCGAUCUCACCUCAGAAGCUGGGUCAACAGGUUGUAGAAUCCUUUCUCCUGAAUGGUCACCCUGAGUUUUUCACCCUGGAAACAAGUAGGAAAGGACAUGCCUGUGGGAAGACCAGAACGUUGGAAGUCUGAGGUGAUGGCAUGGGUGGAUGUGUGUCUCCCAGUAGGGCCAUACUGUGGCCAGGAAAACCCUGGCUUCCUGGGUUGGAGAUCCAGCUCCUGCAGGAGAGCCCAGGGCAUGGCUGGAUUGGAAGAAUGCCUGACUGCCCCUCCUCUGUAACGGGAAGCAGAACCCUUCCAUGUAGGUGCAGUUUCUACAAUCACUGGAAAAGUUUCCACUGGGAUCCCAGCCCAGCCCCACCUAUCUCCAGUGACCACAGGUAAAUCAUCUGCCUCUAAAGCUCAAUGUUAGCAUCUGACACAAAGUUGUGAGUGGCUCCCAAGCCAUGGAGUCACAUCUCGCCCUCCGUGGCAGGCUGCACAGUACAUAGAAAUGAAGAGUUUGGUUACAUGGGCACUCGACACCUUCUGCAGGCUCCUGGGAUUGAGAAGGGAUGGCAUGGGACUAGACUCCAGCAGGGUGUGGCUGUGCACGCCUUUAACUCCAGCACUUGGGAGGCAGAGGCAGGUGGAUCUCCGUGAGUGAGUUUGAGGCCAGCCUGGUCUACAGAGUGAGUUCCAUGAUAACCAGGGCUAUGUAGAGAGAUCCUAUCUCAAAAUAAAAUAAUCACAUCCGAAUGCUGUGGGAACGCAUUCUGCUCCUUCAGUCAAUAGCCUUUAAGAUACCAGCCCACUUGGGGGCGGUCUCUUAUAGUUUAAAAAGCAGCAGGAACCGUGUGUGUGUGUGUGUGU